CAUAUGUUCAUAUUUGUGCUAGCCGCUAUGAAGAUCGUGUAUAGUCUGACCCAUAUGGGCUUAGGGAUGCUUAAGAUGAAGAGGUGGGCUAGUUGGGAGAAGGAAACUAGUACUGCAGAUCCAGAGAGAAUUACGGGAAGUAUUGUAUCAGAUUCUCCUUAUCUAUGGAUUAGAUGUUUUUUCCGGCAGUUCUUCCAAUCUCUGACAAAGGAUCACUACCUCUCUCUACGUCAGUCAUCAACGGACUCCUUCAACUUUCGAAGGCAUAUUCAGCAAGCGCUGGAAGACGAUUUCAAAGCCGUCAUCGGAAUAAACCCAGUCUUGCUUGUCGUGGCCGUCAUAUUCUUUUUCGGGAAUCUACUUGGACGGCAUGUCUUCGUAUGGAUAUGGUUCCCAUUUUUGCCUUUACUGGCAGUGUUAUUCGUGGGAACAAAGCUGGAACUAAUAGUGGCAAGAAUGACUCGUGAUUCUUCCUCAUUCAGCGAUCUAUUCUGGUUUAGACGCCCCCGUCUCAUAUUGAGUCUUCUUCAUUUCAUUCUAUUCAUGAACACAUUUGAUAUAUCCAUCUCCAUAUGGGUCUUAUGGCAGUAUGGAUUCCCAAACUGCAUGCUCGAUGUGUAUCCCGUGGCCUUAUUUAUCAGGAUUAUGAUAGCGCUGAUAGUACAAGUGUUUUGCAGCUACAACACUCUUCCCUUUUAUGCCCUCGUUACUCAGAUGGGGUCAAGAUACAAGGGUACAAUGGUUGAAGAGCCUCUACACCACUCAGGGGACAUCCCCACGCCCGUGGAUGCGGAUGCCUCCACAUCCCAUCAGCCACCGACGGAGUUCAGUGGUGAAGACGAUGAGAUUGUUGAGUGCGAGGGAACCACAGAGGCUCCCAUGUCCAAUCAGCCACUGCCAACGGCUGGAGAAAUGGCGAGUGAAGAAGCUGGUCACCACGUCGACGUCGUUCCUGUCGACCUCCCUGCUCCCGCCGGCUGGUCAAAGAAGUUUACUCCAAAGAAAGGCAGCAUCCCUCAAAGGAAUGACGUUUUCGUAUCUCCGACUGGAGAGGAGAUCAAGAGUGAUACUCCUAGGCGUUGUGCGAGAUUGAGUGAGAAAUCUAAGGAAGUUGCUGCCACCCCUACAAGUCAAUCACCCAAGAAAGAGCAAAAGAGAUCCGCCACAAAGGCGGCCGUGGAGAAGAGCAAUGCUGACGCAGAAGAGGAAGAAGACGCUACAGCUGAAGAGGAAGACCUCAUUGCAGGAAGCGAUGAUGCACAGAAGAAACCAGACACGGAGGAAUCUCCAGCCGGUGUUGAGGAUCCCAACAACGCAUCUACCGUCGUGCAGGGGCCAAAGGCAGACAAAUCUAAGAAGGCCCUGAACUUCAUUGUUGUGUUCUAG